UUUGUGCCACUUCCGGGUGGUUGUCAGUGACGCUCUCGCCCCGUCGUCAGGGUGGCCUGAACCGCUGCGGGGCUUGCUUCUGGCUGGAGGGCCUACCGCACGGGAGGUGGGAGAUUGGUAUGUUUUAUGUAUUUUGGAAAAUAUUCUGUUGGCAAUAACUAAAGAAAGGGGCGAGUCUUCUACGGACAGACUGUGAGGAAAUAAUUAUCCACCUACUUAGGAUUAGAAGACCAGCUCAUUCUUGGUCUUCUAAAACAAAAUUAGAGGCUGCAGGCAGCCCCGCACCCCAGCACUCAACCGCUGCGCCACCAGGGGAGGCCCAGAUCUGAGAAGUCUUGUGACCAUACUUACUGGACUUUUCCAAAGAGGAGAAUUUAUGGGACCCGUAAUGUUUCUUUACUCUUAACUACUUCAAUCCCAAUGAAUGGAUUGGGGAGAAGAAUAUUCCCAUAAUUCUUUUGACCUACACUGUUUGUUAAAUUCAUUUCCUGGAGACUUGGAGUUUAAGCAGAUCUUCAGUGACCUUGAUGAAAAGAUAGAACAAAAUGCUGCGAGCAUAAAGCUUUGCGUUAAAGAAAUACAGUCUGAAGUUAACAAGCAGUGUCCAGAUGUGCAGCUGCAAACAACUACUGACUGCUUUGAGUGGCUAAAUAACUAUAAAUGUAAUUCAUCAAAGUCACCUUCUAUUCCCCAUGGAGAUUUGAUAAAAUUCCUCAAAACACUGCAAGAUUUCUUGAAGAAUGAACAAAAUCAAGAAGAAAUGAUAUUGGAUUUACUUUGGAACCUUUCCUGCCAGAGCAGUACUUCUUUCCCAUCAACUCUGAAUGGAAUAUCAUUCCAUUUCCUUUCGACGACUUGUCUACAUUCUGUUGAAGAUCAUUCCUCUAUGGAUGUAAAGUCUAUGUGGGAUGAUGUAAGACUACAUCUUCGACGUUUCUUAGUGAACAAAUUACAAAGUCAUAAUGAAAUAAACAAUUCACAGCAAAAAAUUUUGUUGAAAAAUCAAUGCAUACAACAACUCUUGUUUCUUUAUCCUGAAUCAGAAGUAAUAAUCAAGUACCAAAACAUACAGAAUAAACUGUUGGCUAAACCUCUGCAGAGCUGCUUUUCUUCUUACAGCAGAGAAUCAAAUUUAGACAUAAUGGUUCAUGGAUACCAAACUACAAUGCUUAAGUUAUACUCAAUGAUAAAAGAGGACUUUAACACACUGGGUGAAAUUUUAACCCCACCCUUGACAGCAAAAUUCAUUAAAGAAACUUACCUGGAUACUAUUACAGAAGAAAUGGCAAAUUUUUUGGCAAAUUUUUGUGAGCUGCAGUUCAAGGAAAGUACUGUCCGUGUGAUUAAAACAAGCAAGACCUUCAGCAGGCAUAGAGGAGCAGUGCAUGCUUUGGUUACUCCUGAAUGUCUACAGAAAGGAAAACAUUUCUUCCUCUCUUUAGAUGAACUCAAAUUCUUAUCACAGCUUGUAAAAUCCCUUUGGAAGAUGGAAAAGGAUGUCCAAGAAUUGUUUGAAGACAUGUUUUUAUCAUUCAAGAUACCCAGAAGUGCUUCAGAAAUUUGGGAGACAUCCAACAGGGAAGUUGUAAUGGAGAAACCUAGAAUAAAUGAAACCAAUAUUCCUUCAGAGCAAUUGCUACCAGUAAAAGAAAUGAGCAAAAACAAAGUGGCUACCUUAGUACAUUUUGGCUGGAGAAGUGCAUUUAAAGAAGUGUCUCUUCCUAUGGCACAUUGUAUAAUAACAACAAUUGAAGAUUUUUCUACAAAAGUUCUCCAACAAGAAGAGAAUGAAAGAUCUUCAACUGAGAGCUAUGUUAUAAAACUUGUAAAUGUUCAGCAAGUUUGGAAGGAUAGCUGUGUGGUUCCUGCUGAGGAUCGAUCAAAGAAAAUUGCUAAGUUUUGUUCUGACAUCAUGGAAAAACUUGACACAAUGCUUCCACUGGCUCUGGCAUGCAGAGAUGAUUCUUUUCAGGAAAUUAGAGCGAACUUUGUGGAGGCCUGUUGUAAAGUGGCAACAGCUGUCUUGGUAAGACUGCAGGAGAGAGGCAAGGAGUUUCCUUCCAGAGCAUCCCUGACAAAUGUGCACACUCUGCUCGCCACGGCAGUGUAUGUCUUCCAGCAUUUCACUCAAUAUGAUAAUUUGAUGAAAGAAACUACUAAGAAACCCAUAUUCCUGGUGCCUGUCCAACAAUAUCAGGAAUUCAUCAACACUCUACAGUUUCAGGUUACGGACUACUGCGUCAGAGUUUGUGCUACAAGCAUUUUACAGGAUGCUGAGAGCCACCACUGGGAUGACUACAAAGCUUUUUAUGAGGGGGAAAGAUGUUCCUUCUCGCUCCAGAUGUGGCAUUAUUUUUUGUGGGCUCUUCAUCAUGAUCUCUGGACUAUUCUGCCCCCUAAAUUAGCCCAAGAUAUUGUAGCAGAAGUGCUGGAGAAAUCUUUGGGUCUCCUGGCCUCCAGAUAUGCUCGUGCCCAUCCAAGUUAUAAGAGAACACCACAGAUAAGACUUGAUGUCACAACAAUUUUAAUAUGCACUGAGAACAUGUUAUGGUCAAUAUGUACAUCCGUACAGAAACUUUUAAAUCCUCAUGAGUAUAUAGAUGAUAAAAUUUUUAAAAUUCACACCCAUUGUAAUAAUCUGUUUACAACAUUAGUCAUUUUGACUUCACCAUUAACUGAAUUAUAUCAGACUUUUCAACAUGGCAUGGCUGAGUCCAGUUCCAAUUCCUUAAAAACAUUUUUCAAACAGCCAUUACAUUGGCUUUCUUGCAUAUCACAUUUCUAUCCUUCUUUACUCAGGACUCCAUCAGCUGGACGAAUGACACCGGAGGGUCAAUUGAAACUGCUCUUAUCCCAGCCAGGUUGUAAUUGGAAACUGCUUCUGGAAACCCUGCUGCAUCAUGAUGCUCUUUUACUGAGGAUCUUGCUGAAGAGCUCAAAAAGCACCUUUCAAGAACAAGUUUCUGAUGCAGAAGAUAAUCUGAACCAAGGAUCCAGCUUGAUAGAAGCCAUAUUUAAAGUGCUGUAUCAUUGCAAUUUUUCACCACAAACAUUUGGAAAUGUUUUUGUGAGCUAUAUGGAAGAUGAACAAUUAUGGGACUUUUUAUAUAACAUUCCAGUCUCAACAUGCGUGGAUUCUGAGCUGGAGGUCAUCCGAUGCUUAAGAUUGGUACUAACUGAUGCCGUCAAGGACAUUGUACAGCACAUAGUAUCUCUGAUGGGUCCUGGGAGAAGCUGUGAGACAAACCUAAACAUGCACAGUAUCCCUGAACGUUUGCGUGACAGCAUCCCGAAAGAAUGGAAUUAUGUUCCAAAAGAAGUUAAAAGGAAAGAAUCAAGUAAAGGCUUCACAAGGCUUGCUGCUCAGGCAGUAUCUAUUGUAAUCAGCAAGUUACCUACGGUGAUUGCAUGUUUGCCUCCCCCAAUUAAAUACUUCUUUUUUCUGUCUGAGAGAAAAAUGUCAAAAAACUUUGUUGAAUUGAAGAAAGCUGGCCUGCUUGUCUGGAACUUGAUUGUAAUUAUAUGUCGGAUAUUUGAGGAUGGAAACACUGUGGAACUUUUAACAGGUGCCUCCCUUGACAGAUGGAGUAAAGAGAAACUGGGUUUAAUCUGUAUGUGUUUGGAAAGCAUUGUGGGGGAGCAGACAAGUAGUCCUAAUCAAAUGACCCAGAAGGUCAUCCAGAGCAUUGAGCAGCAAAAGCCCAACUGGAUUGAAUGCCAAUUGUUGAAAGCAAGGAAAUUGAGCACCGAAUGUGCAUUUAUGACAAUAGAGAAAAGCACAGCCUCAGAAGAAGGAGAUAUUGCUCUUGAACUGACUGAGCAGAAAAUAAACAUGAUGGUCCUGGAUAUCUGCCACAAACCAGGUGGCAGCGAGUACCUGAGGCAAAUUUAUCACAUCAUGCGGCUCAAUGAGGAAUAUUUAAAAGAGCAGCUGUUUUCUAUGAAUGGUUCAGAGGGAAAACUAUUACCCAUCAGACCUUUAAAUAUGACCUUGAGGAGUGUGGAGGAUCAGCCUUCUUCCUUCAACCCUUUCUAUGUGUACAAGGUGUUUAGUGAAAGCAUGCUCGAUCAGUCAGCCAUCACAAAAUGGAACUGGGAUUGGUCAAACUUGUUGCCAAAUUAUCUGGGACUGGAUAAGAUGACCUUCAGUAUACUGCUGAAAAACAGGUGGGAAAUGAAGAAGGAUGAAAGACUAGAAGAAGAAGAAAAAACUAUGCUGGAACAUUUAAAACGAAUUUACACCAUCCAGAACGCUUCUGCUUCAGAUAACACAGAGGAACAGUAAUCUUCAGUAAACAGCAACAGCUUUAUUUUAGGAAAUAAUCACAUGUAAUGGAGUAGGAUUUUUACGAUAGUCAGAAUGAACCUCAGAUGUGCUGUGAAGCAUGAAACCAAUGACUGAGUAAUCUCUGAACUGAAAAGGAAUAUAGCACAUAAGGAAUGAAGUGCUAUAUGUUUUUUAUCCUAAAAAUGAUUUCAAAUGUUUUUCUCUCUCUAAUCUUUCUCUUUAUAUGAUAUAACUGCUGCCAUCUCGUGUUCCCUUUGAAUUACUUUUUUUUUUUCUUUCAGUCUUGGAGAUUCUAUAAUAACAGGCAAAAUAUUUGGAAAUCUUUUCCCUAAGGAUGUUUGAAUACAAAUUUUGGAUUUUAAGGUAAAUGGAAUCACAUAGGCUCCUGAGGGUCACCUGAAAAUCUCAAUUUAUUUUGUAGCUAUAACCCAAGUCCAGGUCUUACUCAUCUUUAAUAUCCACCAUUGUCCUGCCUCCUUUCCCAUAUUUUCUUCCUUACCCAAUUUAUCUUAAUCAUAGCCAUGAAAAGAACUCUGCUGAAGUAUAAUUGUAGUCGUAUCUUUGCUUUAAGAUCCUAUACCUAUUGACUUUAUGUACAGGCAUUUGACUCUCAUUCUCUUGACUCAAUCUACACACUUUCCCUUUUUCCUAACCAAAAAACAUCUUUCUCUCAAAAUUAUGCCCAAAACUCAUUACAGCAAGCUCUACCCCAUAGAUCAUUAUUCAGUUUCUGUUACUUCUGUUUUUUCCAUUACAUUGACACACAUAUGAAAUUGAACAUGUCCUUGCACCCAUUCUAGCAUUUAAAGUUAUAUUUACUGUAUCCUCCUUAUCAGUGCUUGAUAUUAGAUUAUAAAGACCUUGAAAUCUUUAUAGUUUCAAAAAUCUCUGUUGUUCCCUUUGUAGCAAUAGCCUUCCCAAAUGCCUGCUACAGUUAUUUAUUUAGUGGGCAAUUAACAAACACAUUUUUUUUGAAUGCCUGCCAUUGAAAGAAGAAGGUAACAAAGACAAUGAAAGACUGUUGAACAAUCUAUAGGACAUUUAGGAGAAGCCUUAUGUCAUAAAUUCUUUUAAACCAUUUAACAUUGAACAUCAUAGUUUCUGGUAUUCUCAGAUUGUCUAUGUGCCCACAUUCUGUGAUUUUUAUAAAAUAUGUGUAGGCUACAUGGCUUCCAAAGGAAAGUACUUAUGCAUUUUUCAAAGUGUAAAAGCUUAGAGUGCAGAGGAGGUCACCUUAGAAAAUCUUUUUGCAUUAUUUCUUUAAAUAAAAAUACAGCUGGCCAUGGAGCCAGCUGCCUACCAAAAAACAUUUUAUUUAUAAAGAAUGUACUUUAGUUUGGCCAAUCUAAUCACGAACCAUGUGUUUUAAAACACAGUUGUAAUAAUUUCUAAAAGUUCUAUGCAGACCAUUUAAAUAAUUGUAAGAAAAUUUUAUGAGAUUUGGGAAUGCUUUCCAUUUAAUCUGAACUGUAAGCAGUUACUGGAAAACUCAGGAUAAGGCAACAGUUGACAUUAUUCCUUCAGUCAGUAAUGGCCUAUCUAUGAAAUCUGCAAAAAUUUGUUUUGUAAGAAUAAACACUAAAAUAUAAAGUCAAAAUAAAAAUAAAUGGAUCCAAUUAACUAAAUACAAUAAUCUUAUGAAGCCACAGGAUGUCAUAUUUGUGUUCUUUAGCAUCUAAUAUAUCCACAGAUCAUCUUUAAGAUGACUUUUAACUUGAAUCCAUAUAUUUUUGUACCACUUCGUGGAAGUGCCUGAAUAGCUCCAGAAAAAAUUACUUUAUGACUCACUUUUUUAAGGAAAGAAGUAUAUUAUGGGGGAAAUGUGAAGAAUUGAAAGUAGCGAAAAAUAGGAGAGAAGAGCUUACAUUCUUUUCUAUACCUAUUGAAUUAUCUUUUGUAAUUUAGUGAAAUUAUAUAGCCAUAGUGCAAUCAAAUUUAUAAUUGGAAAUGAUAAAUGACGUCACUGAUUUAUCAGAUGGUUUUGACUUUAUACUUCAUAUGUUUCUUAAACUAUGACAAGAAGUGGUAUUUCAAAACAUUUGUUCUUUCUCAUCUUUAUUUUGCAUUUGUGGGAGUUAACAACAGGAAUGAGGUCUAAUAUUUUAUAACUCCUCGCAUGCUUAUUACAAAAAUGUUAUAUUCUUAUAAAAUAAUAACUUUAGUGGUCCGCUUAUGUAUUUUCAUAUAAAUACAGACUUAUAUUUUGACUUAGCAGUUACUAUAUUAAAUAGUAUGAAUUAAUUUUUAAUAAAAUAUAGAUAAUAUGUAUAUCAGAUGUUUUACAUUUCUGUCAUCUCUAAAAGCACUGUUACAGAACUAUCAACUUAAAAUAGAAAAAUAAAUCACUGGUUUUCUCUACCAAUUGUUGCCUACUCAAGAACAUACAUAUAAUGUUCUCUUAUCCCAGUUCAUAUAUUACUGAGUCAGAGAUCUUCAGAACUUGACAGAACCACAAAGAAAUGGAAACCUGGAUCACUGAUAGAACCAUGAAAGUAGUCCUGAGGUAUCUACAUUUAUGUGUAUGAAAAAUAAACUUCUAUUUUGUUUAAACUGCUAUUAUUUGGGUUUUUUAAUUACCCAAAUCUUGAACUACCAAAUCUUAUCCUAACAAAUAUAUGAUAUGGGAGAAAAAUUUCAAAUAGCAAAGCUGAAGUUACACUAUGGCUCUGAAAAAAGAUAUAAAAUUGGCCAGAGGCCAGUAGUGUGGAAAGUUUGACCAAGAGGGAUUUGUCCAGUGAACAAGUUGCUUUUUGCAUCCUCAUAAUAAUAGAUAGAAAGUCUCCUUGCAAGAUCAAUAUUAUAAUUGUAUGUCAUGUAAUCACAUGCACAUAAUCAUGCAAAUUCCAUCACCUUCACCAAAUUAUAGUGGUUAAAAGCAAGUCACUCAUUGCUCACAUGCUCAGGGAGAAAAAAAUCACACAAUAGCAUAAAUGUCAGAAGGUAGGAAUAAUGGAGCUACUCUAGAGUCUGUCUACCACAAGUUGGAAUCUAGGCUCUGAAAUCCCCUGUAUUGUAGGGGUGAGGCAAACAGGGAAAUGGAAUAAGAGUUGGACUAGGAAUAAGAAAAACUGGGACUUGUCUGCUGUCAUUUAUUAAGCAGCUUCUGUAAGCCAAGCUCUGUGCCAGGCUAUAAGUAAUCCAUUUAAUUCUCUUUAAGUUCUUACUGAGGUUAUAUAUUGAAAACCUCAUUUGGAUUAGUAAGGAAAUAAAUUACAAUGAUAUGAAAAAAACUGACCCAAAUUUUAAAUAAGAAUGCACGUUAAAGUUCAGACUUUAAUAUACCACCUCUUACUCAACCAUAUACAAAUAAGUGAAAUAAUACAAGCAGAAAAUCUGAGCUGGGUUCAAAAGCAAAAUAAACAGACUAUUUGAAAUUUAACUGAGCAUGUCCAAAAUGACACCCCUGAAGCUGACAGCGUAAUUUAUAGCAUAACAACAUGAAAGUUUCACUGAAACACUCCUAAGAAAUAUUUAAAGAACAAAUUUUUCCCAUGCUUAACUUUUUAAAAAUGUUUUACAAUUAAU